GCUCAAGGAAUUGCGAAAAGCAAUAAAUUAUGUUGUCCUUGUGCUGCUAUCUGAAUUAGAAUGGCAUGACCAGCUUGAUGGUGAAUAUUUGAAUCUUAUUCUAUUAUUAAAACUAUUUUAUGAUGCUACUACUAUAUUUUCUGGCUCUAAUUACUCUACGUUCAACCUUAUUUAUCCAACAAUGAAGCUUCUUAUCAAAAAGUUUGCACUUUCUGAUAGUCAAACUGAAGAUGACUAUACCGAUUUAUUGUUUAGACCUAGAAAGCAAAUAAGUGAUCAAAAGCCAAUUUAUUGUGAUAAUAAAGAUUCUUCUAAAUUAGAUAUAAAGUAUAAGAACGAAAAAAAAAAAGAUCAUAGAAAAGCUAAAAAAAAUAUAUCUAAACAGUGUAAUGAUUCAAGAUUUAAAAAUCAUUAUUUAAUAGAACCACCUGUUACUAGUGUAGAAUUGCAUAAUCUGUUUAUUGAUGAUGAGAAUAUAAAGAUAACCACAAUCAACAUAGUGCGAAGGCUUUAUUCAGAGGAAGAAUAUCGCCAACCUUUGAUCGAAGAAAUUUCAAGAGAUAAUAGUUUUGUUGAGUCUUCUAGUAUUUUAGCUUCUAAACCCACAAUAACUAAUGAUUUAAUGGCAGAUUUAUAUAGUAAUAAAGAAUCAGGUAGUGUAAAUGAAGAGAGUGAGAUUGAUCAUUAUAUUCAAAAGCCUAUUCAAAGAAGAAAGUGCAACUCUUUAACAUGGUGGCGAGAUAAUGCAGACAAAUAUCCCACAUUAUCAAAACUGGCUUAG